UGUCGUCAUGGCCGCGCCGCGCGGGCGUCGAGCCCCGCUCGCAGCACCAGUGUUUUCACUGCUUUUUCCGCUCUUUUUCCUCCGCCCCUAAAAGGCUGCUUUCGAACCCGGGGUUCUGCCACCCCGCUCAAAAGGAGGGUACACGGAGUUUAUGGCGUGCAGAGGUGAGACGGGGGCAGCGGCGACCGCUGAUUGGCAGUACAGGGGUGCACGCCCCAUCUCCUGCUCCCGCAAAAGCGGAGCAGCCAAUCAGCGUGAGGGCAGGUGGAAAGACCCCAAUCCCGGACCCGGCCGAGGACCAGGCGGGGACUCGGCUCAGUGAACCCCAGGCUGGAGCUGACUUGGAAGAGCUGCUUGGCAGUGGCUGCAGUGCUGGGCAUCUAGUCGCCAGGCAAAAUCCUUCCCAGUUUAAGGGAAGCCAUGGGCUGUUUCUGGAAUGUGUUACGAAGCUGGCUGUUUAUGACGUCCAUCGUGGCCAUGGGGACCUCGCUGCAGUGCUUCCGAGACCACACCUUCCUCUAUGAAAAACUCUACACUGGCAAGCCGGACCUUGUGAAUGGCCUCCACGCUCGGACCUUCGGGAUCUGGACGCUGCUCUCAUCAGUGGUUCGCUGCCUCUGUGCCAUGUACAUCCACAACAAGCCGCUCUACUACAUUACACUCUGGACCUUCCUCAUCGCCCUGGGACAUUUCCUUUCUGAGCUGUUCAUAUAUAGGACGGCGGCUCUCACGAUUGGUGUCCUGGCACCCAUGUUUGUGGCAAGUCUCUCGAUCCUGGCUAUGCUAGCUGGGCUCAGGUACCUCGAGGAGGACCCAGUAUCCAUACCAAAGAAGAGGAACUGAGAUCAGCAUUACCACCUCCAAGACUUCAUCUCCACCCUCGCUGUCCUCUUCUCUCAUCCUCUCUCCUCUUAAAUGUCUUCUUUUCUGUCCCAUCAUCAGCCCCUUUAUUCCCUUCGAGCCUUUAACAUUUUGGGUUUUUUUACAUUAAAAAUAUUUUUAAGAUACUUGCAUACAGAAAAGCAUGUAACACAUCUGUACAAUAUAAAGAAUCAUCUUAAAAUGGAAACUGUGCACCUCUAUCCAGAUCAGGAUAUUGCCAGCACCUCAGAAACCCCCUGAUGGAGGCCAAGAGUAGAAAACUGGGAAAGGAGGCAGUACAGAGCAGAAACUGGCUCGCACAAGGCCAAAAGUUGGAGGUGGGGAUAAAAGCGAUGACUAUAGUUGGUAAACCAGGUAUAAAAAGAUCCAGACCACAGAUUGGGAGAGGAAUGUGGAAAUUAAGGACCUUUGUAAAAAUCUCAGGUCCUUUCCAUUCUACCUGGCCAAACCAAAUACACAAAUUCCUCAAGUAUGAAGUCGGGAGCACAGAUGGGGAAAAGGGAUAUGGAAAUUGAAAGUCUUUGUCCUUUGAAAUCCACUGAGUAGAACCAAGUAAAGAAAUGCCUUAAUUGCUAACUGAUAACAAGCUUCUGAAAUCCCAAAGCCAUCCACCUAAGCACCAACUGAUAAACUCCUUAAAGCACCAACUGACAGCAGGUAUCAAACUGCUGUAAACUAUACAGAGGUUGAGGACCAUUAGAGAAUCGUCCUUUCAGAUUCUGCCUAGUUAAACAAAAGUGAACUACUGCACAGACAUGAGCCCCUCCCCACUGAAAGAGGAUGAUAAAAACACAUGGCUGCCCCCUCCAAAUGCAGCUCCAAAUGCCUAGGACAUUACGCAAGUGUCCUUGACUCUUCUCUCCUUUUCUACAAAUAAACCUAGGUUUUGUUUUGUUUUGUUUUGUUUUUUGUUUUAAAUAUAUCUAAACGCCUCUGUCUUGUGGAGGAACUCCCCAUGUGCCACUGAACGGGGAGCUCCGGUGAAACUUUCUGAGUUAACCCAGGCACCCCGCUCUCUGAACACCUCUCCAGACCAACAUCACCACUCUGUGCUGCUCCCCCACCUGCAGCCUCUUCUAAGGCCCCGUUUCUGGUCUUCACUGUCUUCCUUUUAUUUUCAUCUUGCUUUGACAUGUGUGGUGGGAAGCCCAGAACUAUGAAGCUUAAAGGUGUUGCCUCACCGAGGGCAGCUGCCACCAAGGGCUGCUUCCAGGGCUGGUCCAUCCAUGCCAGCUAGCUGCUUCUAGACCUGGAGCUGAGCCUACCAAGACCAGGCAGUUCUUCCAGCAAGGGCCCCCUGAGAGUGGCCAUGGCUGGUCUCCUUAUGUGUACAGAUGGGUCCGGGAUGGAAGUCUGGACUCUUUUUACACUUCUGUAUUUGCAUAGUGAAUUUUGCAAUAAAGGGGAAAACCUCUACUCUGGUCCAUCCUU